UUGACAGGAGCGGCAGGAGUUGUCAGCGGAACAGCGGCAGCCUGCAGCAGCGGAGCCGAAUGGAGUAACCACAAAGAUAUUAAUCCAGACAGAAAACCUGCUCUUAUUUAGAAGCACUGUUUACAACACAGCUCACACGGCGAAAACAUGGCUGACGACCAGUCCUCUCAACCCUGGACCAUCGACAGGGAUGACUACGAGCUCAAUGAGGUGAUAGGGAGUGGAGCCACCGCAGUCGUCCAGGCUGCGUAUUGCAAGCCCAGAAAGGAGAAGGUGGCCAUCAAACGCAUCAACCUGGAAAAGUGUCAAACUAGCAUGGAUGAGCUUCUGAAAGAGAUUCAGGCCAUGAGCCAGUGCCACCAUCCGAACAUCGUGUCUUACUAUACCUCCUUUGUGGUGAAGGAUGAGCUGUGGCUGGUGAUGAAGCUGCUCGGUGGCUCCGUGUUGGACAUCAUCAAGCAUAUCAUCUCUCGUGGCGAGCACAAGACCGGGGUGUUGGACGAGGCCAGCAUCGCCAGCAUCCUGAAAGAGGUCUUGGAGGGUCUGGAGUACCUUCACAAAAACGGGCAGAUUCAUCGGGAUCUGAAAGCUGGAAAUAUUCUUCUUGGGGAAGAUGGCUCAGUGCAGAUUGCUGACUUUGGUGUGAGUGCCUUUCUAGCAGCAGGAGGAGACAUGACGAGGAAUAAAGUUCGCAAGACGUUUGUGGGGACGCCAUGCUGGAUGGCGCCUGAGGUCAUGGAGCAGGUCCGCGGAUAUGACUUUAAAGCUGACAUCUGGAGUUUCGGGAUAACAGCCAUUGAACUGGCCACUGGGGCUGCACCAUAUCACAAAUACCCACCCAUGAAGGUGCUGAUGCUGACUCUGCAGAACGACCCGCCCUGUCUGGAGACGGGGAUCACAGACAAGGAGAUGGUCAAGAAGUACGGCAAGUCGUUCAGGAAGAUGCUGUCCAUGUGUUUACAGAAGGAUCCAGAAAAAAGGCCAACUGCGGCCGAGUUGCUGAAGCAUAAAUUCUUCACGAAAGCCAAAAACAACGAGUAUUUGCAGGACAGGCUCCUAAAUAUAGGACCAACAAUGUCAGAGCGAUCCAGGAAGGUGCGUCGUGUUCCCGGCUCAAGCGGGCGUCUCCACAAGACGGAGGAUGGGGGUUGGGAGUGGAGCGAUGAUGAGCUGGAUGAAGAGAGUGAGGAGGGCAAAGCUGCAGUGUUGGCCCUGCGGUCCCCCAGAGUGAAGGAUGGGUCCCAGAAUAUGGAGCUCUUCCCACCAGCAGAUGGCUCCUCAGCAAAUCUGCAGCCACCCGGUGUGGCACAGGAGAGCCCUGCGGGCCGGACUGGAGAGGACGCUCCAUCACAAGGCCCCGCUCCGACAGCGAGCCCUUCACAUGCACCCACUGCUCAGGAUCCAGCUGCAGCCAAUGCCAGUGUCCCCAUCAGCCUCGUCCUGAGACUGAGGAAUCCCAAGAAGGAACUCAAUGACAUCCGAUUUGAGUUCAUGUCCGGCAGAGAUUCUGCUGAUGGAGUUUCUCAGGAGCUGGUCUCAGCCGGUCUGGUUGACGGGAGGGACUUAGUCAUUGUUGCUGCCAAUUUGCAAAAGAUUGUUGAUGACCCUCAAAAUAACAAAAAUGUGACUUUUAAAUUGGCAUCCGGCGUGGAGGAGUCUGAAAUCCCUGACGAUGUUAAGCUCAUUGGCUUUGCACAGCUCAGCAUCAGUUAAGUCGAGCAGAGCCCGAAACAAAGGACAGAAAAUAAUGGUAUUGCACAGCUGCAUUGUAGUCUAUUCCAAGAAACCACUACUGCCAAAGACAGGAGGAGGAAGACAACGAUGAUGAUGAGGAGGAGAAGGAGACAUGAAGCUGGCAGGAGUGUGACACUACUGCAGGAUGCAUGAGGACCACAUAGAGAAGGGGGCUGAGUUCAUCACAGGAAUCACACUUGAAAUGUUUACAGUGCGCUUAAACAGUAAAUGGGAGAGGAGAUGCAAUCAACUAUAUCAACUCCUAAUUUCUUUAAUUUUCUUCCUCUUCAUACAUAAGCACAAUCCAAACCAUGUCCUGCCAGUACUGGAAGUGAUUGCCUUUAUUUUAUUUUUAAUUCAACUGUGCCACAUAACUCCAGAGUACGGUGCCACCUUUAUUUGGCACUUUAUGCUACACUGAAAUUAAAAAGUGUAAAUUCAGCCUUAGUUAGUCAAAUUAUAGAUUUUACAGAAUUGAGUCUAUCUGUGAUUUUUAGGUGUAUAUUCAUACGCCUAUCCAUUAAUCUGAGAAAUUAUCCUGUAACUCCCAUACAAAGAACUUACAGACACGCUGUAGCAUAGUUUUAGUUUUCUAACUCUUUAAAUUCAGAGAUUUUUACUUGAUAAAUAUAACAAAAAGACCAGAGUUUUGUACAAGGCAGCCCAGAGAUGUGGUGUGGUGGUUUUGUCGAAACAUUACCAAAGAGUUGAGGCUCUGACUGCGCUGCUGAAAUCAUUCCAAUAUCCACAGAUCAACAGUGACAGCUCUGUCCCAUAACUGCAGUUAGAACACUUUGUUGGAUGGCGUUUCCCGAUGGUAUUCAAGACAGAAUUGUUUUCACAGUUUUAGACCUGCCUAUUAUUCUUGUACUAUGCAAUAGGUAUUUUUUUCUCACCAUAUGUGACCGCUGGUUUCUGAUCCUACUUCUCUUUGGUUGAAUGAAACCAAGUUUUGUGUUCGCACCUCACGAAAAGUUCCUGAAUUCAGUCUGACAAACAGACAGCUCAGUGAAGCUGCAGUGAGAAUUUAUGUAACAUUUCAAAAGUAAAGUAAAACUUAACAAACCGACAGACUGACACGGGUUAUGAUUGCUGUUUUCUGCGUAUUACUUCUUGCAGGAAGUAAAGAGCUGUGUUUGCCUGUUCAAUGUGAGAGAUCAGACAGCUGGGAAGAAUCCUGAAUGCUGGUGGUGAUUGUGGAGCCCGGGGGGUUGCUUGUGUUUCAGAUUGACGGCAGAAUAAACUUCUGUUGAGGUGUGCACACAAAAACUGGGAUUGGUCUCCCAAAGUGAAGUAGAGUUUAAAGGAGGAGUUCACUCUGAACAGCAUCUUGUGGUAUUCAGCGAUACAGAGAGCUUUGGUUUGAUUUGUGGAGGUUUUGAGAUUUCUGAUUCCACCUAAUGCAAUGGAGGUAAAUGAACUUUGUAGACAUGCUAUAAGCUGAAGUGAUGCCAACUUAGUGCUGAUAGUAGCUCAACAAUUGGGAUUCAAACUGUAGUAACUCAAAAACCAUUGGAUUUAUUUCCAUACAUGUAGGUAUGUAUUUGAGGUCCCUUUAAGGAGCAGAAGUUGACGUUAUUUGUACCUUCUCUUUUGAUCAAAUACAUUCAGUGUGUCUCUCACUGUCAUCAGCUUGUAUGGAAGAGGGAUUAGGGCCACUGGAAAAAAAAAACUAAAAUUAAGGUCAAUUUUUUAAAAUUAUUAUUAUUAUUAUGAGAAAAAAAGUGAGAAUUCUGAGUUUAAAUUCUGAGAUUACAGUCAGAAUUCUGAGAUUAAAGUAAGAUUUCUGAGAUUAAAAUCAGGAUUCUGAGAUUAAAGUCAGAAUUCUGAGAUUAAAAUCAGAAUGCUGAGAUUAAAGUCUGAACUCCAAGAUUAAAUUCUGAGAUUAAAGUCAGAAUUCUGAGAUUAAAGUCAGAAUUCUGACUUUUUUCUCAGAUAAAAAAAUUGAGGUCACAAUUUUUUUUAAUUCUUAUUCUGAGAAAAGAGUCAGAAUUCUGAUUUUAAUCUCAGAAUUCAGAUUUUUUCUCAGAAAAAUAAUAAAAAAAAAAAAAUUUUUUUGACCUUUUUAUUUGUAUUUCUCUGGUGGCCCUAAUCCUCUUUGGUAAGCUUGAGCUUGACCUUGUGUUUGGUGUUAAUAAACACUGGUGUGCUCACAUGUUUAAUUAACUAAGAUUGUGAGCAUGAGUACCUUCAUACCUGCUAUUCAUCAACAAGUUGUCACUGUGAGCAUGUUUGCAUGCUAAUGUUCGGACACAGCUUAAAGCACUGCUACUCUAAAGCAUGACCGUAGACUCUCAGUACUCGGUGCUUACAUACCUGAAACUAUGAAAAGCACCACAGACCCUGACUCUAGAUCUGUGACGAAAUAGUCCCCCAUGCUAAUGAGUAAUUCUGAGAUUUAAAGAUAAUCUGAACUACUAAACAAUGAUUUGAUAAAAAAAAUAUAUAUUUGGAUUACUGUCAACAUUUUACCCACUAAACAUAAACAUUAGCACAGCCAGUGUGAAUAUAAAAUCAUGAUGCUGUUAGCAUUUAGUAUAAUAUGGAUCAAAUUCUCCCAGUGCUGCUAGCAUGAAGUAGUUUUGUUUCAGCACUUCAAGCAUCACUAAACUCCAUUUACCUCCAUUGUGUGAAAGGGCAGCAUGUGGAUCUGUCAAACCUCAGCUAAUAAAACCAAAGCUUCCUCGUGUGUGGAUAUCACUAAGGGGGUAAUUCAACAUUAGGUGAAUUAACCCUUUAAACUCUCUCCAGAAGCCAGUCUUUAGUUUCUCUGUCACUAGGUUAGUUGUUUUAAUUGUACUGUAGUCUGUUUGCUUUUCAAACACUCACCAACAGAUCACUGUCGUCACUCCCCGUGUAGCUGUGUGGUUGUUUCGUGCCACGUGCAAAGGGCUGCGAAAGAGCUCCUAGUUCAGGUACUCGUGUAAAUGGUGUAUGUACAGAUGUUGUAAAAUGUACGUAUGAUGGCAACUCCAUGCACUGUCACACAAACAUCAUGAGGUUUGUAUGUAAUGAUGUAGAUUCAUUGACUCUUCAAGUGUACAUGUCAGAUGAAAGGAACAUUUAACUUGUAAAUAUUGAUUACAGAUUGAAACAGAUUGAGGCUCAUUAUGUUCAUUAGAGUUUAAUUUGUUUUGUAGUGUUUUCCACUGUUUGGCCUUUUGUCAGAGCAUCACUAACCUUGCAAAAAAUUUUGUUCAAUUGGCACCUUAUUGAUCUGCUAACAUGUUUUCUUAUUUUGAUUUCAGGGGGCUUGUAAUCACACACUCUGUGCUUUGAUGUCAUGUUUGCUUUUGUUCUCACUGAAACCUGUCCAAUGGAUGAAAUGCUGUUUGAAUAAGAAAGGUGGCACAGGUGACACUUCUCUCUCCCUGCGUGUGUGUGAUUUGGUGGAAAGAUGAUUGAUCAUCGAAGGCUUGGAGCUGAAACUCACUUAGGUUUUCUAAAUUUCUGUCCCCUUUUUUAUUGUUUACUCAAAGAGAACCAUCAUUCUGCCUCUUUAUGAGGUGACUGAAUGAUUAGUAUUAAUUUAAUCAUUUGAUUGGCAACUACAUUUUUCUUUUUUAAACCUUUUUUUUUUUUUUUUUUUUUUUACAGAUCAUUACAUAUAUUUUUAAGAUAUGAUUAAUUAUAAAAUAUGUACAUCAACAAAUGCUUAAUUUGAGGUGGAAUAUUUGUGAUAUACAAAAAGAGAUUUCUUGACAUAUAGAUUAUUGGAAAAUGUCAACACAUGCAGAUGAUUUUUGGUAGCUGAAUAAAGUCACAUGAUGGAAAACAA